AUGAAGACAAUUAAUUGUUACUUGCUGUUACUUUGCUGGAAAGCAAUUUGUGGUAAUAUCUGUGAGCUGUCCAAUAUCACCAUAGCAGUGGAGAAGGAGGAGUGCAAGUUCUGCAUUAAUGUGAAUGCCACUUGGUGCUCUGGAUACUGCUUCACAAGGGAUCCAGUGUAUAAGUACCCACCGGCAUCAUCAGUUCAGCAAACCUGUACUUUCAAGGAGCUUGUUUAUGAAACAGUGAAGAUCCCUGGCUGUGCUGACCAUGCUGAAUCAUUUUAUUCAUACCCAGUGGCUACAGAGUGCCAUUGUGAGUCAUGUGAUAUUGACAACACUGACUGCACUGUGAGAGGCUUAGGACCAAGCUACUGCUCCUUCAACCAAAAUCAAAGCAAAGAAUAA